AAAAAAGAAAUUUACAGACGGUUUCUAGUCUCUCUUCUCUAGAGUUUAGACCGACCUAGGGUUACGUACGGUUUCUUUCUUCCAAAUCCAAAAUCCAAUUCGAAAUCCCAACAAACACAAUAACCUCACUACCUCAGUCUCUAAAACCCUAAUUUUCUUCAUUCUCUCGCUUAGCCCUAGCUUUCAUCUCAGUCCAAAGAAAUGGACCCAGAGAUCGCCAAGACUCAGGAGGAGCGGAGGAAAAUGGAGCAGCAAUUAGCCUCCAUGAAUUCCCUCACCUUCGACACCGAUCUCUACGGCGGAAACGACCGCGACUCCUACGUCACCUCCAUCCCCGUCAACGAGGACGAGGACAACCUCGAUUCCCUCAUGGACAACGAGGUCGCUCGCAAAUUGGCCUCCUAUACUGCUCCCAAAUCCCUCCUCAAAGAGAUGCCCAGGGGUUCCGACGAGAACGACGACGUUUCGGGCUUCAAGAAGCCACAGCGAAUCAUCGACCGCGAGGACGAUUAUCGGAAGCGGAGAUUGAAUCGCGUCAUCUCGCCGGAGAGACACGACGCUUUCGCCGCCGGCGAGAAGACUCCGGACCCUUUGGUUAGGACUUACGCCGAUGUCAUGAGAGAGGAGGCGUUGAAGAGAGAGAAGGAGGAGACUUUGAAACUCAUCGCUAAGAAGAAGAAGCAGCAGCAAGAGGAAGAGGAAACCGCCCCCGAAAAGCCGCCUGCGGAUUCUUCUGCGGCGGCGGCGGCGGCGCCCAAGAGAAGGAACCGGUGGGACCAAUCGCAGGAUGAUGGCGGUGCCGGUGCUGCUAAGAAGGCCAAGACUGCAUCUACGUCGGAUUGGGACUUGCCGGAUACCACUCCCGGGCGGUGGGAUGCGACGCCGACUCCCGGGAGAUUAGGCGAUGCUACGCCGUCUGCUUCCGUGGGGAGGAGGAAUAGGUGGGAUGAGACUCCGACGCCGGGGAGAGUGGUGGAUUCGGAUGCAACACCGGCUGCAGGCGGUGUUACCCCGGGGGCAACACCGGCAGGUAUGACUUGGGAUGCCACACCAAAGCUAUCGGGUCUUGCCACGCCGACGCCAAAAAAGCAGAGGUCGAGGUGGGAUGAAACGCCUGCUACUAUGGGCAGUGCAACCCCAAUGGCUGGGGCUACGCCGGCUGCAGUUACGCCCGGUGUUACUCCGGUUGGCGGGCUUGAUCUUGCAACCCCGACUCCCGGGGCAAUUAAUUUGCGUGGAGCAAUCACGCCGGAGCAGUAUAAUUUGUUGAGGUGGGAGAAGGAUAUUGAGGACAGGAAUAGGCCGUUGACAGAUGAGGAGUUGGAUGCAAUGUUUCCGCAAGAUGGGUAUAAGAUUUUGGACCCGCCGGCAUCCUAUGUGCCAAUUAGGACUCCGGCGAGGAAGCUGCUUGCUACACCAACCCCGAUGGGGACUCCUCUGUAUGCCAUUCCGGAGGAGAAUCGUGGGCAGCAGUUUGAUGUGCCCAAGGAAGCGCCUGGUGGGUUGCCAUUCAUGAAGCCUGAGGAUUACCAGUACUUUGGGGCAUUGUUGAAUGAGGAGGAGGAAGAGAAAAUGACUUCUGACGAGCUGAAAGAGAGGAAGAUUAUGAAGCUUCUGCUUAAGGUUAAGAAUGGGACACCACCGCAGAGAAAAACGGCAUUGAGGCAGCUUACCGAUAAGGCAAGAGAGUUUGGGGCUGGCCCGUUGUUUAACCGGAUUCUGCCAUUGCUUAUGCAGCCCACUUUGGAGGACCAGGAGAGGCAUCUUUUGGUGAAGGUUAUUGACAGAGUGCUUUACAAACUUGAUGAAUUGGUACGCCCUUAUGUUCAUAAGAUUCUUGUUGUGAUUGAGCCUUUAUUAAUUGAUGAGGAUUACUAUGCGCGUGUCGAGGGUAGAGAGAUUAUUUCUAAUCUUAGUAAAGCUGCUGGUUUGGCUACUAUGAUUGCUGCUAUGCGCCCGGAUAUUGAUAAUAUAGAUGAAUAUGUUAGGAACACCACUGCAAGAGCUUUCAGUGUGGUUGCUUCUGCUCUUGGGAUUCCUGCUCUCUUGCCCUUCUUGAAGGCUGUCUGUCAAAGUAAGAAAUCGUGGCAAGCUAGGCACACUGGGAUUAAGAUUGUUCAGCAGAUUGCCAUUUUGAUUGGUUGUGCCGUGCUUCCUCAUCUGAGGUCCCUCGUGGAAAUCAUAGAGCAUGGUUUGCUUGAUGAGAAUCAGAAGGUGAGGACAAUCACUGCGUUGUCUUUGGCUGCUCUUGCUGAGGCUGCUGCCCCAUAUGGUAUUGAGAGCUUUGACUCGGUGUUGAAGCCUUUGUGGAAGGGGAUCAGGUCUCACCGUGGGAAAGUGUUGGCUGCAUUCUUGAAGGCAAUUGGUUUUAUUAUUCCGCUUAUGGAUGCGCUGUAUGCAAGUUACUAUACUAAGGAGGUGAUGGUCAUUCUGAUUCGUGAGUUCCAGUCACCAGAUGAAGAAAUGAAGAAGAUUGUUCUGAAGGUGGUGAAGCAGUGUGUGAGUACAGAGGGUGUGGAGGCUGAUUACAUUCGCAGUGAUAUACUUCCUGAAUUCUUUAGGAAUUUCUGGGUCAGGAGGAUGGCUUUGGAUAGGAGAAACUAUAGGCAACUUGUGGACACAACGGUGGAGAUUGCAAAUAAAACUGGUGUUGCCGAUAUAGUAGGGAGAAUUGUUGAGGAUCUUAAAGAUGAGAGUGAACCUUACAGACGAAUGGUUAUGGAAACCAUAGAAAAAGUGGUUACAAACUUGGGUGCAUCUGAUAUUGAUGCUCGGUUAGAGGAGCUUCUUAUUGAUGGAAUCCUUUACGCCUUCCAAGAGCAGACCAGUGAUGAUGCCAAUGUUAUGCUUAAUGGGUUUGGUGCAGUUGUGAAUGCACUUGGGCAGAGAGUGAAGCCUUACCUACCCCAGAUUUGUGGUACCAUUAAAUGGCGGUUGAAUAACAAGAGUGCAAAGGUGAGACAGCAAGCAGCUGAUCUCAUUUCAAGGAUCGCUGUUGUCAUGAAGCAGUGUCAAGAGGAACAACUGAUGGGUCAUCUUGGUGUUGUCUUGUAUGAGUAUCUGGGAGAAGAAUAUCCUGAAGUUCUGGGAUCGAUUCUGGGAGCUCUGAAAGCAAUUGUCAAUGUUAUUGGUAUGACAAAGAUGACUCCUCCUAUAAAGGAUUUGCUUCCUAGAUUGACACCAAUUUUGAAGAAUAGGCAUGAGAAAGUCCAGGAGAACUGCAUUGACCUUGUUGGACGAAUUGCUGACCGCGGUGCUGAGUUUGUUCCGGCGAGGGAGUGGAUGAGGAUUUGCUUUGAGCUUCUUGAGAUGCUUAAAGCCCACAAGAAGGGUAUUCGGCGAGCCACGGUGAACACCUUCGGAUACAUUGCCAAAGCCAUUGGACCACAAGAUGUCCUGGCUACCCUGUUGAAUAAUCUCAAGGUGCAAGAGCGGCAGAACCGUGUGUGCACAACUGUGGCAAUUGCCAUAGUUGCAGAAACCUGCUCUCCCUUUACGGUGCUGCCAGCCUUGAUGAAUGAGUAUCGUGUACCAGAGCUUAAUGUGCAGAAUGGUGUCUUGAAAUCCCUCUCUUUUCUAUUUGAGUACAUUGGUGAAAUGGGAAAAGACUACAUCUAUGCUGUGACCCCAUUACUUGAAGAUGCCCUCAUGGAUAGGGAUUUGGUGCACAGGCAGACUGCAGCUUCUGCCGUCAAGCAUAUGGCUUUGGGGGUUGCUGGUUUGGGUUGUGAGGAUGCUUUAGUCCAUUUGCUGAACUACGUGUGGCCAAACAUAUUUGAGACUUCCCCUCACGUGAUUAAUGCUGUCAUGGAAGCCAUUGAAGGAAUGAGGGUGGCCUUGGGUGCUGCUGUUGUUCUAAAUUACUGCCUCCAAGGGCUAUUCCAUCCUGCCCGUAAGGUUAGGGAGGUCUACUGGAAGAUUUAUAACUCACUAUAUAUUGGAGCACAAGAUGCGCUUGUGGCGGCUUAUCCUACACUGGAGGACGAGCAGAACAACGUAUACAGUAGGCCUGAGUUAAUGAUGUUUGUCUAAAGUGCAGCUUCAUUGUACCUUAGAGAGCAGAUCACAUCGGGACCGAUGUUAUCAUGAUAGGCAAUUUACUUCUCCUGGCUGAUGUAGUUUCUUUAAAUCAUUAUGUUAAUUAAACUAUAUUGACUCUCUAUUAUGUCUCUGUGGGUACUUCCACCUCGUUUGCUUCUUAAAUUAUCUGUUAUGUAUGUAGGAGUAUUCCAACUAAUUGUUAUUGAUUCUCAUACUUCUCAUGUUA